AUGACGCAGCCGUGGCGUGAGGUGACGCAAGAGCUUAAGAAAGAGAGGAAAGCCUCGAUCGUGCUUAAUGAAUACAUCUUAAUCCAGACACAAAUCUUAACCCCUGAAAAUAGCGCCAACAGCCAGGCUGAGGGCGCGCCAACAGACAGCCAGGCUGAGGGCGCGCCAACAGACAGCCAGGCUGAGGGCGCGCCAACAGACAGCCAGGCUGAGGGCGCGCCAACAGACAGCCAGGCUGAGGGCGCGCCAACAGACAGCCAGGCUGAGGGCGCGCCAACAGACAGCCAGGCUGAGGGCGCGCCAACAGACAGCCAGGCUGAGGGCGCGCCAACAGACAGCCAGGCUGAGGGCGCGCCAACAGACAGCCAGGCUGAGGGCGCGCCAACAGACAGCCAGGCUGAGGGCGCGCCAACAGACAGCCAGGCUGAGGGCGCGCCAACAGACAGCCAGGCUGAGGGCGCGCCAACAGACAGCCAGGCUGAGGGCGCGCCAACAGACAGCCAGGCUGAGGGCGCGCCAACAGACAGCCAGGCUGAGGGCGCGCCAACAGACAGCCAGGCUGAGGGCGCGCCAACAGACAGCCAGGCUGAGGGCGCGCCAACAGACAGCCAGGCUGAGGGCGCGCCAACAGACAGCCAGGCUGAGGGCGCGCCAACAGACAGCCAGGCUGAGGGCGCGCCAACAGACAGCCAGGCUGAGGGCGCGCCAACAGACAGCCAGGCUGAGGGCGCGCCAACAGACAGCCAGGCUGAGGGCGCGCCAACAGACAGCCAGGCUGAGGGCGCGCCGCCACCUCCCACGAGGAGCACCAUAAAAUCAAUUACAAACAACAAUUCGUUUAGGCAAUAUGGCCGCCUAAUGAAGCUCCCCGCUACAUAA